AUGCCGCACUCACCUCCCCACCAAGCCGAUGCUGCGCUCGAGUUUCUAUGCGACACACGCUUCCACCGCCGUCUCACAUACACCACCAACAACACCCGUCACCACGUCUCCUACUCCGACUACGGCUGCGCCUCCAGCAGCGCCGUCGUGCUCUUCUUCGGCGGCCUGCUGGGCGGCCGCAUGGCGUACGCACCGCUCGACGCCCUGGCGAAAAAGCACAGGAUCCGCAUCAUCCACGCCGACAGGCCAGGACUCGGCGGCACCGACGCAGUGCGGCUCGAGGAACGCAUAUCCACGCAAUUGGCCGCGAUACCGCUUCUUCUGCGGCACUUGGGCAUCCGGCAGGUUAGUCUGGCGGCGCACUCGUUCGGCGCUGUGUAUGCGGUGAAUGUGCUACUACUAUAUCCGCAUCUAAUGCAUCCUGUGGCUCCGUAUGCGGCGUUUUUCGCGCCCUGGGUGCUUCCUAGGCACUCGGGCGUGAAGCAUUUGCAAGCCGCUGCGCUCCUGCCCGCGGGCAUGAUAGGCAGGUUUUCGAGCGUCGCGCGCUGGGUCAAUGGGACGGUGGCGUCGGUGGUGCACAUGGCGACGGGGGUGAGCAGUGGUGGUGCUUCGGUGCCGGUGGAAAAUGCGGCAACGGUGGCGGAACAGCCUCGACUGGACGCUGAGGGGCUGGUGUCGGUACAGAGCGAGCGCAGCGGGGAUGCUAUGUGUGCUCUCGACCUCGACGACCCGGGGGCUGUGAACGGGCUAAGGACCCUCAUAACCACGUUUCUCUUCGCGGAGAAUAUAGACGGCGCAGGUCAGGAUGCACAACUCUGUCUGCGCAAACCCCGCUCCGUUCCCUGGAGCACACCGGGUCGACCUUGGGCAGACAUCGAUGAUGCUGCGGGCCAGCUGCGGGGCAUCAUCGCAGACGAGUCGCACGCAGGCCGGAGAUGGGGGGUCGAUGCAUUUCACGCCGAGACCGAUGCUAUGGUGGGCGAGAGGGGACGCGAGUGGUUCGAUGGGUGUUGGCGGGGCGCUCCGACUGGCGCAAACGAGGACGGUGGGAUUGCGUAUACGAGUCAGAUUGUUGCGGGCGCGGAUCACGACUUCAUACUGGACCCGGUGUUUGGCGCGAGCGAGAGGUGGUUGGAGCGCGUUGCUGAAUCGUUCGGUACGCCUGCUGUGGAGGAACGGUCGGUAGAAUAA